AUGGCGGUCGCUUCGUCACAGACGGCGGACCAGGAGUGGCUGCUGUGUCGGCUGAGGGAAUGCCUGGAUCCGGCAAACACCAACCGCGCUGUCGCGGAAGAGGCGUUGCGACAGGCCGAAGCGAUGGCAGGCUACGCGCCUGCGCUGAUGGGGGUGGCGGGCAACAAGAGCCUCGACGCCGGGACUCGACAAAUAUCCUCCUCCCCGUCCGCUUCAACCCGCCCGGAAUGCACAUCUGACCUGACCCCACAGCAGGCUCCUGUUUAG